AAGUUAAAGCCGGAGCUCGGCGCCAGUUGAGCGACGCCUCGCGUCACGUGACGCUGUCCGCCUCCGUGACGUCAGCGACUCGUUCCCCAGUUCGCACCGUAGUUAUUACAGUCCGCCGUUGUUCCAGUUGGCGUAGCUAACCAGUGUUACGAGGCUUAUUGUUGUCAUGUUUCUCUCCCUCCCGCGGUCGCUCGGGGCGGGGUUUCGUCUCGUUUCGGCCACGCAGUCGGAGGUGUUCGUCUUGCCGCUGCAGCCAUGGAGCGACUAGAAGCCGCAUCGGAGCUCCAGUCGCGGCUCUCGUCCCUCUCCUUCUCGUCGUUCCCGGGAGUCGCGUCCGAGCAGAGCGACAGCAGCGCGCCGGACAGGCUCCACAACACGGACCUUUCCCAGAGCUCUGCCCAACCCGAACACCCAGCUGAUAUGGAUCCAACCGAAAAGGAGUCAGGGCAACCCUCUGAGGGUAAUGCAGUGGCCCCUGCAGAGCUGGCCCUGGGGGAAGGAGGCGAGGAGGAGAGCAGCACCUCUGGGAGUCAGCGCUCUGCUGAGAUGAAAGCCCAGAAGCCGCCCCUGAAACCCCCGACGACGUGGACGUCCGCCGCCCUGAAGGAGCUGAAAGCGAAGCUCCGAACGGAGGACGACAGCAUGGUGACGGUGUACCGAGGCGACAUCAUGACGGUGCACGUGCCCACCGUCCCCGAGGCCAAAAAAGUGUGCUGGGAGUUCGCGACGGACGGCUACGACAUCGGCUUCGGCAUAUAUUUCGACUGGACUCCCGUCACGAGCCGCUCCAUCACCGUGCACAUCAGCGAGUCGAGCGACGACGAAGACGAAGAGGAGGAGCUGGAAGGGCCGGUGGGGAACGGAGACGUGGAGAAGGGCUCCAAAUCUCAAACCAACUCCAACUUGGCUGAAAUCCUACCCGUUUACCGCCAGGAGAGUCACACGACCGUCCAGGGGGGGAGCCACGAUUUUCCAGGUGAAGGCACUUACCUCCUGAAGUUCGACAACUCCUACUCACUGUGGCGAAAUAAAACUCUUUACUACAGAGUUUAUUACAGUGCCUGAGAUGCCCGCUGUGUGAAUGUGGAAUUUGAAAGAAGAUUGAUGAUGAACUAUUUUUUGAUUCCACAUUAUAAAAAAAAGAUAAAGUUCUAAACUAAAAAGUUAAAUAUACACGACCGUUCAAAAGUUUGGGGUCACUUAGAAAUGUCUUUAUUUUUCAAAGAAAAGCACUGUUUUUUCAAUAAAGAUAACAUUAAAUUAAUCAGAAAUACACACUAUACAUUGUUAAUGUGGUAAAUGACUAUUCUAGGUGGAAGUGUCUGGUUUCUAAUGAAAUAUUUCCAGAGGUGUAUAGAGGCCCAUUUCCAUCAACUAUCACUCCAGUGUUCUAAUGGUACAUUGUGUUUGCUAAUCACCUUAGAAGACUAAUAUUUGAUUAGAAAACCCGUGCAAUUAUGUUAGCACAGCUGAAAACAGUUAUGCUGGUGAUAUAAGCUAUACAACUGGCCUUCCUUUGAGCUUGAAGUUUGUAGAACAAAAUUAAUAUUUCAAAUAUUAAUCAUUAUUUCUAACCUUGUCAAUGUCUUGACUAUAUUUUAUAUUCAUUUGAUAAAUAAAAGUGUGAUUUUUCAUGGAAGACACGAAAUUGUCUGGGUGAUCCCAAACUUUUGAACGGUAGUGUAUGCAUAUCUAUUUUCCAGCUUGCGUUGCCACAUGUCGAAUUCACAAUCGGAGUUCUUUAAUUGCAACCUGCGCUCCCGCGUCCUCCCGAUAGCUAUCUGAAGCGUGAGUGCACUGUGCUAUUUGGUCAAGUGGCCGUCGUUUACCGUGAAUUAUCUUCAACUGUGAUGUUUCCAUGGUAGCAGUGAUCAGGGGACACCUGCACGACAUUUAGUUCACCAGGCCAGGUGCUCAAUCAGCAGCGCUCUAAAGAAAUACACUUUGUGUCGCACAAUUGUUUGUCAUGUGUGCGUGUGCGUGUACUGUAAACACCUUUUUUAUGAUUACGUCGCUUCGCUGAUGUUCUGUGUAUUUAUCCUUCUGUUUUGUCUUGUAACUUAUUUUUUACGCAUCAAAUUAUAUCACGUUAUAAUGGAGAAUAUAAUUGAAAUUAUACAAAUUCUGUGCACAGAGUUGUUUCCUGUCUUCGUGAUGUAAAAUAUAUGUCGAACGUGCUGAAGCAAGUGGUAACAGUUUACCAGAGUGUGCUUUUUAUGACACGAAUAAAAGCCAUCCCUUAUCACACAAAGCUCUUAUUAUGUAAUAUAGAUUCAAUAUUUACAGUUGCCCUCCCUCCCUUUUUAAUUUGCCGUUUCAGAGGUAGCAAACGGUUGUAAUAUAUUUCAUCUAUAUGCAUUUGGUGCACCGGUCUAUGCGAGUAAAGGUCGAUGUUUGUUUUUGAAUCUCCUCGGUGCGUUCGGCUUAUUUCGUUUGUUUGUUUGUAUUUUUUAUUCAGUAAAUCAAAUCAAAUACAAUACAAUAUUAUCCUAUAUAAUAUACAAAAGAGAAAGACUGAAAAGGUAUAGGUAGAAGCAAAAAAAUGCUUAUAAAUUCCUAUCCGAAAUUGAAAUCAAAAUAAAUCAGAAAAUUAAUAUAAAAUAAAGAAGAAAAUAAAACAAAACAACAAUAAACAAAAUUAAAUUUUUUAUUUAUUUAUAUAUACUACCACAUACAUCUUCCAUAUUAAUACGUUUUUAAUGACAUUUAUAACUCAUUUUGAUUGCGUUGCCUUGUUCCCUCUGGUUUCUAAAAUCCAUGAGUCUUAACACACACACACACUUGUGUGCAUGUUCCCAAAGAUGUCUCAGACUUGGCUGCUCAAUGUAAAGCAACUGGUUUGAAGCUCCCCAUGUCUGCUGAUCUGUACCUUUUACUCUUCGUCAUGAUGACUCUUGUACCUGAAAUUUAUAUUACACAAUAAAGAGAAGAUUGACUAUU